GAGGUGCCGCCCGAGCUGCAGUGCCCGCUCUCCUUCGACGUGAUGACGGACCCGGUGAUCUGCGCCUCGGGCCAAACCUACGAGCGGUCGGCCAUCGAGAAGUGGUUCGCGAGGGGCAACCGGACCGACCCGAUGAGCGGCGCGGUGCUCGAGCACACGCAGCUGGUGCCGAACGUGCUCGUCCGCAGCAUG